GUAGCUGCACCCACAGCCUUCAGAAAGCCUUUGUUUGCCCCAGACGGUGGAGGCCAGAAGCGGCGCCGAGUUGACUCGGCGCUGAUUGGCUGCGAGCCGGCGCGUUCGUGCUUUCUGCCAGCCGGCGAGUGGGCGGAUCUGAUCACGGCCUUUUCGCGGCUUGUGGCUGCAUUUUGUUCUCGGCUGUGCCAUUACGGCUGCUCAGUGUUGCCGCCACUCUGUUUGGCCGAGUUGGGCUUGUAA